UAAUUAUUUUUCUUUUCCUAACUAAUCAGGUUGUGACAGCUAUGCAAGGUGAAAGGUGCAGCACUGAAGAAAGAUGAGAUUUGGCUGUCUUUCUUUCCGGCAACCCUAUGCUGGGUUGGUUUUGAAUAAAGUCAAAACAAUAGAGACUCGUUGGCGUCCAUUGCUGGCAGACUACAAGAACCGCACCGUUGCUAUUCACAUAGCUUUUAAAGACUGGGAGGAUGAAACAUGGAAAGAGGUCCUUUUGAAUAGACUUGAUAUGACACCUACACAAGUUGCAGAGUUGUUAGAUAAAGGGGAGAAAUUUGGCAGAGGAGUUAUUGCAGGGCUAGUUGACAUUGGAGAGACAAUGAAGUAUCCUGAAAACUCAUCUCCUGAAGAGACUUUGGAGAUGGAAAAGAAAGCUGUACUGAUUAACCUGCAACAGAAAUACUUGACUGUGAUUUCAAAUCCAAGGUGGCUGUUGGAACCAAUUCCUGCUCGAGGAGGCAAAGACGUGUGGCAAGUGGACAUCCCCGAGGAGCUACUCCCUUUGGGACACGAGGAGUUGUCCCAGGCUACGUGUGUUGAUACCUGAGCAUAAAACUGCAGUCAGACCUCACCAGUUCUGCUUUUCAUGGGUAUACAGGACUGAUUUAGGGUACUUCUUUACCACGGCCAUUGAACACGUUUGUUUACAUUUACCUGUUAGUCCUAGAAAGAUUUAUGCAUGCAAGUAGUUCCAUUGACUCGCAUCCAUUUUUUAUUACCGUGGAACGACUCAUGUAAAUAAAGCACACGUGUAUGUCUUUGCAUCUAAGUAAGGCCAAUUCAAAAUUCAGGAUGCUAUUAUUGUAGGAUGUGAGUCUCAUUUUGAAAUUACAAGUUUCUGCUCAACUACUUGUAAGCAUACGCACCAAGAAACCACAAAUACACUCACAUAGCACAACCUCUGGCUAUAGUUAGCUUAAAUCUAGUUUGAAUUACAUAUCCCAGUUUACUCAGAUUCCCAUUACAGUUUGUUAUAUUGU